AUGUCAAACAUUGAAAGAGCCGCUCCUGAGACGCAGCCAGAUACUGAGCCUGUUGUCGCUGUUCCAUUAACCGACGAGCCUGUCGUUGCUGCGCCUGCACCAGCUACUGUUCCAGAUACCACCGUGCCAGCAAGUCAGCCAGUUGAUGUACAACCAAUGUCCGAGCCAGUGAUUCAGGAGACUCCAUCCUCAAAGUCUUAUUUCCCAUACACGAGCAGCUUGUUCCACAAUAUUGUCCGUGGGUUGCAAUCCAUGUUUACCAGUUUAGUUCUCUCCUUGACUGCUACUAGUAUUGCUAAGGCUAGUUGGGGUGACAGCAAGACGAACUUUGGUCUUGCGGUAUCCGUUAUGACUUUUGUCUAUUUCCUUGCUGGGGGCAUUUUCUGGGGAUUUGCAUCAGCUUCUGCGAGAUCUGCCGUGCCAGUUUCUGUGUUUUUCGGCUUGGAAGCUUUCUUUGUGUUGAUGUGGUUCUGUGCAUUUGUCGUGCUUGCUGAUAAUUUCAGCCAUUCCUGCAAUUAUGGCUCAUUUUUCUGGACUAGUAGUUCAUCGGACGAUUGGUCCGUUAGUUGUAAAGCUGGUAAAGCUGCUGCUGCUUUUGCCGCGUUUGCCUGGUUAUUCUUCGUGGUCUCUUUCAUUAUCUACAUUUUUAACGUCUUGCGUCCAGUCUUGUCUCAUUACGGUUCCUCCGGCUGGUUGAAGACGAACGCUGUGGAAUUGAACCCAUGGACUUUCUUAUCUGGUACCUUCAUCUUCAACAACUUUGUUGCCCAAGAGGACUUUAAACAUGAAGAAGGUCUCCCAGAAACUGCUACAAACAGCACCUAUGAGCCUCAAAAUCAAGUUCCUCCAACUACAGUUUAA